GCCUCAACUCAGUCUCAAACUCUAACUCAAUUAUUCAAAGUCAAUUGUAACAGUGCAAGAUCAACCUUUACUGCUAACGUGCACCACAAUCCAAGUCUUAUUUUUUCUUUGAUUUUUCUUCCACGGAUCACAACAACAACGCUCUCACGCACUACUUUGACCACUUUGCUGUUUGCACUUUGGUUCUUCCUCUUCCACCUCAUCGAUCCGCACAGAUUGGAGACACGGAGUGACACCAAAAAAAGAACAAAAAGAUACCCUUUUUGUUUGUUUAUUUAUAUAUUUAUUUACUUUGAAUAAUGGGAAAAGGUGACCCGUUUAUUUAAAUAACGGUAAUUUGGAAAUGAUUGGUAGUUGGAAGGCUCAGAUAGACUAUGCAGCAGAAUUUUCAUGUAGGGGUUUUUUUUUUAAGUCAAGUUUCUUCAAGAUCAUUUUCAGAUUGAGGAGAUAAGAAGACCCAGAAGUGUUUAGAGACAGGACUGUCUACUAGUUGCUGAACCAAAAGAUACAGACUACCAAUGGAUGAAUUUCUGAAUAAAGUUCAAGGUGACUUAUAUGAUGAAGGUGCAGCUUUUGGAAAACUCCAUCCACUCCAGGGCUUCUCAACUAAAGAAAAUGAUGUGCAAGAACUAGAGAUAUCCCUGCAAGCUUUAACUGAAAUAGACUAUCGCUUAGGCUAUUUUUCUGAGAAGUUGGUAAACUUGCAUUUGCUAUAUAUUUAUCUAUUGGCCCAGGAAAAUGAUCUUGAAGCAAUGGAUUCAAGGAAUAACUGCGUCUUGGCAAACUUGUUUGAGAAGGCAAUGACAUUUGAUCUAUUGUCUGGCAUUUUAGAUUCUGAGGUAAGAGAGCUGGACAAUUUCAUGGACACUCUCGGAGAAGAAAUUGUUGAUGCUCGUCAUAAAAUAUUUCCAUGCAGACAUUUGACUGAGGUUUUCUUUAUGAUGGACAAAAAAUUGCAUGACUCAGAAGACUCUGUGAAGCAAUUUCAACAGCAGUUGUUGGAGUUGAAAAUGCAAUCAUCCCAGCUACAAAAAACCCUUGAGGCUUUUCGACAUGAGAAUUGUGAAAUGGGGAAGGCUUUGAAUUUAUCAGGAAAUGGUCAGCUGAUAAAUGUGAAAGCAAAAUCCAAUGAUCAGAUGGUUCAGCAACGGAGAUAUAUCGUGCGAAUGCUUGAGAAAUCCCUUGCAAGGGAGUUAGAUCUUGAGAAGAAGUUAGCAGAGUCAAGAAAAAAUGAAGAGCUAAAGUUGAAACUUCGCUACACAGAACAAGUGGCAUAUUAUAUGGAAGAAGCAGCAGAAGUAGUUUGGGGAAGAUUUCUAGAGGCAGACAAUGCUGCGGUGACGUUAAUGGGGAUUUCUAAAGGUAUAAUGGGAUGCCUUCAAGUAACUGAGUUCAACCUCAAUGUUUAUCUGCAACGAGAAAAUGAGCUGAAAUCAAAAGUUCAAAAUUUGAUAAAGCAACUCAAGACUAAAGAUGCAACCAUAGAGAAGCUUGAGAGAGGUAAUGUUGAGAAUAUUAAGGAAAAAUCUGAGGUGUUAGCUUUGAGGGAAAAGGUGAAGUAUCUUGAAGAAGAACGAAAAGAUUUUGAGCUCCGGAUAAAUGCUGUGAUUGCAGAGAAUGAAGCAUGUCAUGAACAACUUAUUGAAAUGGAAAAUUUUGUUGAGUCUCUUAAAGAAAGCAUUGAUAUAACAGAAAAUCGGGCUGAGAGUGCAGAAGCGAAGGUUACACAGUUAACUGAAACCAACUUGGAACUUACUGAAGAGCUGGAUUUUCUUAAGGGCAGUGCUAAUACUGCAGAGAAAAAGGUUGGUUCACUUGAGAAGCAACUAAGGGAAUUAGAUAUCCAACUACAGAAUGCAAAGGCAUCUUCUGAAGCAAGUCAAGAACAACAGAACAUGUUAUACACAGCUAUAUGGGAUAUGGAAAUAUUAAUUGAAGAGCUAAAAUCAAAGGUUUCAAAAGCUGAAAGUAAUAAAGAAGGUGCAGAGGAGCAAUGCAUUGAGCUAUCUCAGACUAACUUAGAACUUAAUAAAGAAUUGGAUCUUCUGCGGUCCAGGAUGAUUAGCCUGAAAACAUCAGUGGAUCAAGCCAGUAAUACAAAUUUAUCAAGUGCAAAAGAAAUUAAUACCAGAACCAAGUUUAUCAUGGAGAUGGUAACACAACUAGCCACUGAAAGGGAGCGCAUCAAUAAACAGUUAAGUGCUUUAAAACAGGAAAAUAAAAUUUUGGUAGAAAAGAUAAAGGAUACUAAAACUGGUGCCUCUCUAGAUGCAUGCAGCAAUGGACUAAAUAACAGAAAUGAAGAUCAAGCUUCCAAUAUUGACUCGAGCAAUGAUAGCUGCACAAAGUCAUGUGAUGAAGAAGGAACAGAUCACUUUUCUAAAACAUUUCAGGUGGAUGAAGAUUGUGCAAGCUUCGAAACACGAGCAACAUCAUCCAAUUCAGUAGAUAAGCCUGCAAAUUGGAGAAACUUGACAUUUAUUUUGGCAGCAGUUUGUGUUCCACUGGUUUCUGUGUUGGCCUUCUGCUUGUUUGACCAAGGAAACGUUUUCCUUUCUGAAAUUCAUAGCUAAGUUAUGACCUAGCAUUUAGAAGAUUUGUUGUUUGUGCAGUUGUGCUUCCGCUUCCCUCAAGUCUCUUAGCUUCUGUGUUGUGAAUAUUCAAUUCAUCAUGUAUUUAUGUGAUCUUGGAGUGGAUGGAUGUAAGCUUAUGUUACUAAUUUUGUUAGAUAUUCAGUUAACAAAAGGUACAUUUUCACCC